AUGAGGGAGCUAUGGGGGAAACUAGGAUGGGAUGACACAAUUCCUGAAAAGUACAAACAAUAUUGGAAACAAUUUUGCCAGGACAUGCUGGAGAUCAACAACAUUAAAUUCAAAAGAUGUGUGAAACCAAAAGAUACAGCAGAUGAACAACUGAUGUUAAUCAUCUUCAGUGAUGGAUCCCGCAACGCCACUGGUGCCUGUGCAUAUGCAAAAUGGGCACUCAACAACGGACAAUAUAGCUGCAGACUUCCACUAUCAAAAAAUCAACUCGCACCUAUAAAAAAGAUCUCCAUUGAUAGAAUCGAAGUGUGUGGAGCUUUGUUGAACUCAAGACUAAAGACAUUCCUACUCAAACAAUGUAGAUACAAGUUUAUAAAGUGCUAUCACAUCAUGGACUCCCAAAUAGUGCACAGCAUGAUACAGAAAGAAUCAUAUAGAUUUAAUACCUUUGCCACAAGCCGCAUGGAAGAGAUACAACAGAAUACAAACCCCAAUGAAUGGUUUUGGAUGGAAAGUAAAUAUAACAUCGUAGAUUCGUUAGCUCGUGGUAAGAAACCUAGCGAAAUAAAUUUGGACAGCAUCUGGCAAAAUGGACCCGGCCUCCUUGAGUUGCCCAAACCGAAUGGCCAAUAUGCAAAACACUAA